AUGGACCAUCAUCCCCUUCUCAUCGCUUCUUCUCCACCAAUAUCUGAUUGUGAACCUGAAGUUCUGAUUGAUUUUACGAAACUUCGAAAAAGAAAGGCUAGCAGUGAACCUGAAGAUAAAUGUACCCUCCUGAAGCGCAGCAUAUUGACUACUGACGAUAAAGAAAUAUUCUGGAGAUUGAAUUUGCAAUUUUCGAGUUGCAGACACGACGGAAAAAACGACUCCAUUAGCGCCUCAGAAGCAAGUCCACCCCAAAUUCCAAGACAUAAUAAUGUUACGAAAGCUCCAAAAAGAAAGGUAACCAGUAAAUCUAAAGAGAGAGGUACACCAAAGAAGCAAAGCAUAUUUAGUACUAAUGAGGAAGAAAGUGACUACGGGAAAUCCGACUCCAUGAGCAUUUCAGCACCAAGUCUGAUCGAAAUUUCAAGAGGAAAUUCUGUCAGUUCACUUCGAAAAAGAAAGGGCUCAAGUGAAUCUGAUGAUGCAGGUAUACUUAAGAAGCAGACCAAUAACUGCAGAAUAUUGACGACUGCCGAUGGAAGGGGAAUUCUCAAGAAAGAUGUCUUCAGCCCAAUUGUGACAGCCAAAGAAAAACAUAAUAUUGGGCUAUUAUUAAAAUGAAUGCUCAUGGGACAUUAUCUGCUCAAUGUUCAGUAGAAGAAUUAAGCAAAUAAAUUAACCCAUAAAAUGUGCUCAUGUACAGAGUUUCGAAGAAAAUGUUGGUAAUGAACAAAAUGUGAAGCGAAUCCAAGAUUUCGCAGAAGCCUUCGAUUUGAAUUUACCAUACGCCCAGCUCUAGGAAUUUCAAACCUUCCAUAAU